AUGUCUUUGUCGAAGUCUCCUAAAAGAUCAUAUCGAUACCGUGUGAAAUGUGAAGAAUGCGAGAAAGAAUUCGACUCCAACUAUGUAGAAGCUCAUUCCCGAAUUGUUCACAGCGGCCGAAAAGUGAAGUGUCUGCCCGUGGUAGAAUCGUCACAGCUGAAAUUAAGUGGUUUCUUCACUAAAAGUAGUGCAGCAGUCGAAUCUCCAGGUCAGACAGAGGAGGUACCGCUUGUUGGAUGUAGUCCAGAGGGUGAACAAUGUAUUUUUUUCAUCAACAUACGAAUCUGUUGCAAAUAUCCAGCCAGAUCCUGAAUCAAUCGACCAAGAUUCACUUAAGCCUGAUGCGUCAAUGAGAGACGUCCAGGAACCUAGCGAGCCCAGCACCCCGAUAGAUAAAGGUAUUCAAUCAGAUCUCGGAGGAAUUGCUGAAUUAGAGCCAGAGUUCUCCACAUCGCCUACGUUGACGACAAUGGUACCGAAACAACCUGUUUUACCCGAAUAUCCGGGCACCAAGUUCAGCAGUGAGUCUUUCACUAGACGAUUCCAGCCUGACUGGUAUAAAAAGUAUCCAUGGCUUAGUUACGAUGUCGAAAAAGACGUGUGUGUAUGUUUUGCCUGCAUAGAGUUUGGAAAGGAUGCAUCUUUUCUUCUCAAGAAUUGGAAGAAGCCAUCAAAGUUAACAAAACACAGCCAAAGUGAGAAUCAUGUAAGUUGCAUGACUAAGUGGCUGCAGUUCAAAGUAAUGGAAAGAAAGAAUAGCAGUGUUCUGCGGCAACUAAGCAAUGCACAUGAAGAGUAGGUCAAAUUUAAAAGGAAAUAUUAACAAGUGAUAAUCGAGUGCUUGAUUUUCACUGCUAUGCAAAAUAUUGCUGUUAGAGGCCAUGAAGAAAGUCGAAACGAUAUCUGGGAAGUGUCAGAUAUAAACAGAGGAAACUUUCUCGAAUUACUCCAUUUACGAUGCAAAGACUUGCCAUGGCUUCAGUCAAAACUCCAGGCGCAGCUCCAGUUGCAUGCUUAGUGGACAUCACCCACCAUCCAAAAUGAGCUACUUGCAUUAG